AUGGGUACCCAGAAGAAGAUCACGAACGCUUUCGACAUCGCGAAUACUUUCGAUGAGCAGACAGGAAUUCAGGAGACGUUCAAGACCAAGUACUCGUUCACCGAAUUGGAUAAAGCCAGUGAGGAGCACGUGUGCGAGUUGAAAGAUGAUCCGGUUUUACCUCAUAAUCGUGAUGCUAACAAGAGGUUGAAGAUAAAGGUUGUUGAGCCGCCCAUGAAGGUGGAGCUGAUCGAACCUUCGGUCAGCACUCGGCUGCAAUAUGGGUUGCCGUACCUUGGAGCUCCCGGGACUAAGUACUACCCUCCGCAUCUGCCCGGAUUCAGGAAGAUGAAGGUGGAACGGGAGAGAAAACUGUUGGAGGAUAAGAACUUCUGUCAUUACGGGGUGGUCAAGGUUCCGAGUCCAACCAUAUUAUCCUCGAUUACGGAAAAGGUGGAGUUCACGUCGCCGGAAGUGAGCAGGGCCAAGGUGGUUCCAGAGAGACCUUCGUUUGUUUCACCUAGUGCCACCUAUCCGCCUCCUCAGACCGAUUCGAUUUUGGCAGCUCACAAGCCGAAGAGCGGCGUUUUCAUCAACGAAGAGAAAGAGGGAAGCGACGACGAAGAUGGAGAAGUCAAAAAGAAGAAGAAAAAGAAGCUGGCAGAGCAGGAACAGCAGUUGAUCCAAGAGCAGAUCAUGAUCGAGGAAGAGAUGAACUGGUUCCAAAGUCAUGGAGAAGGUUACGUUCCGAGCAUCCUCAUGGAAAACAAAAGCACUCACAUGUCUGAUAACGUUAUUUUGGGAAAAUACGGAGAGAUCAUCUCUAACGCAUCAUCGGCAACUUCAGUAAAUGAUAAAGAUCUCCUGCACUUUGACGAUGUGAGCUGGUGCGACCUACCUGUAACUAGUAGAUUGGUGCAAACUAUUAGGGACGCGCAUUUGGAGAAGGCGGCGAAGAAGUUCAAGAAAGGGUCUCUGGAGAAUCAUUCCUUUACUAAAAUCAAGCAACGCACCGUGGAUGAUUUCAGCUACAAGGCGACCAUAGGGACUCUGCAUCAAGCCGAUAUCAGCUUCUUGAAGAUUAGCAGAGAUAAUCAGGGUAUUUGCAUGCCGGUAGCAGCUUUCUGCUACUCGCAACUCUUUCGACCGAAGCUGUGGAACUCAAGAAACGUCGAUGAAGUGGUCGAAUUGGGAAACAAUUUGUUCUUGGAAAGUAUAGGAGAGCUGCACAUGGGGAAAGAUAAAAAGAGAAUCAGUGUAGAAGAAAUCCAGAAAUACAUGAUUAUCCGUGAUAAAAAGAUUAAAUAUGAAAUCUUGGAUCCUGAGAUCAAAGGAUUGGUUCGUUCAAUGGAUAAGAAGAUUUAUAAUUUAACCCGUGGAUUGACCAUAUUCUUCCUGAAAUUCGACGCUUGUAUUCUGCGUACGGAGCAUUCGGAUUGCUUGAUUUGGAGGAGGAGAAAGAGCUUUUACUUUUUUGAUGGUAAAGCUCGAAAAGCGAAUUUAUAUGAAGAUCCUAACGGUAAAGCGGUUUUGGCUAAUAUACCUAAACUUAAGGGUUUAAUAUCGAUGCUGCUGAAUCGCACUAAAUUGGAGAAUUGUCGCUUCAACAUCUGUCAGAUACGCUUGUUGAAGGUGUGCGAUAAAGACGAGAAAGAAAUUGUUCCUUACCAGAAAGAUCUGCACACUUACGUUAUUAUCAAUGAACGUAAAGCUGUGGUGCAAGGAACCUACGAACUAGGUGAUUACUGCUUCGGAUUCACAAGGAAUAAGCAAGCUUUGGCCAUGUCUACAGUGGCCUUGGUGUAUUCUCGUUUAACGCCACCUAGUAAUUGGCACAAGAAGACUGUCGAUAAGAUCCUUUUGAUCGGCGAUCAAUUGCAUAAUCUCUGCAUGGAAGUCGAAUGUUGCUGUGAUCUUUGCUUGGAUCAUCUUCCGGCCGUUUUCACCGUCGGACCAUACAUUAUCGAAGUACAUAUCUACACCAAUCGCUUUGCAGAUUUCAUGUUCAAGAAAGGAACGUGCAUGUUCCAAGAACAUCUCACAUCCUUCUUCGAGAAGAACUCCCACGCUAUCGUGCAGAUCGGUAAAUGUUACAUCGCCAUCUGGAAACAACGCGAUAUGUUUUACCUCUUCGACCCAUACAACCGAAACAAGGAGGGUCUGAAAUGCCGCGUCGGCACUGCCAUCGUCUCGAUGAACAAAGAUCUGGAAACGCUGGUGGAAACUGUUCUGAUGAACUUCGAGAAUCACGAAGCCGUUUUUUAUCUGCACGCGCUCAAAGUGUUGAAGAUCAACCGAGAUCCCGAUUACAAUAGGAUCUUUCCGAAAACGGUGCCGAUGCACGAGAUCCCCCUCGAGUGCUUCAAGAAGCACAAAGUGAGGAAGAGCAAGAAGAAGGCUAUCGAGAAACCUAUACAUGCGGAUUGCAAUCAGCACGCUUUGAAGAAGCUCUUGGCUGGGGCGCCUGUGCAUUCCAGUAUCAUAGAAAUUGGUUCGAAUAUUGGGAGUUUGAACAGUUACGUCUUGCAGCCUCUGGAAGCCAAAUUGAAAUUUUUGCCGAAGAUCCAACCAAGGAAAUCCGAAGAUGAAAUCGUAGUUGAUCUUGACUCGCCUAGUCUUUCUGAUACACAGAUUGUUCCUCGGAAACCGUCGCCUGACGAUGAAGAGGAGAUUGAUAUCGAUGAUUUGGAUGCUUACGCGUUGACUGAAGAGGAGAAGGAGUUGCAAGAUACGGGCGAAGGUGAGGGAGACAUAGGUCGUUACAUUGUACGAGGUUUGGGUGAAGGAGAGGGUGAAGGAGGCAGCGAUGAUGGUAGCAGAUACGCUGUUAUGUCUCAAGUUACUUCCGGUGAAUUGGAUCCUUGUUACACGACCCAUUUUAUCAACACCGAUUUGACGUACUGCUACAAGAUACUUCCUGCCCUUGAGUUGCCAAUCAAAACUGCGGAAGACCGAGAGAUUGUCAUCGAUGAGGAUGAUCAGAAAGAGGAGUACGAGAAGCGACGUAAUUACGUGCAGAUGGGUGAUGAUUUGCAAAUAUUGCAUGGAAAAACCAACGCAAUCAACGUAGCUGGUAGCAUAAAUAUUAAUCUUUUGGUACCUUACUGCUGCAUCAUGGCAAGCGCCUACGCUCUUGAGGUGCCUCUGCAUCGUUGGGAUUCGAAAACAGUGGAUUUCGUUCUUCAAGCUGGUAAAGAACUCUACGGACAAUACAAAACUAGCUUCAUACGCAUCGAGGACUUCAAAUUCGAGUUGAAGAAGAACACGCUCUUUGCCACUGUUGAUCUGAUCUUCAACACGUAUAUAGGCGAUGGACUUUUCGAUAUAUUCUCCGGGUUGAAGGUGCUGGAACAGUUUCUCGAGAUGCACGUCUUCAAUAAGGAAGACUGCGGUUUCGUAAUAAUGCCUUACUAUGCGUGCGCCGUGUUCUUCAAGAAAAACCUCUUCUAUCUGUUUGAGCCUUUCAACUGCAACAGUGAUGGAAAUGUUAUGGAAAAUGAAGAUCCCGGAAACGCGUGUUUGAUGCGAUUCAAAGAUUUGGAUUCGCUCACUACGAAGCUUGUGAAUAACUUAUCCAAACGGGUGCAAGAGAAUGAUAAGUCUGAAUUGGAGUUCAGGAUGUUGACUUUGGCUAAACCUGUGUUUGUUACCACUCCGUUACCAGUGAAAUUGAGCGAAGCUGAAACUGAGAAAAUUCUAAAGGAAACACAAUCACUAGAGUUGAAACGACCUUCGAACUUUGUUGAUUUACCAGAUGGAUCUCAACUGGUUAGGGCUACCAAAAAAGUUGCUGAUUUCGGUGCUGAAGUUGAGUAUAUUGCUCCGUUUAUGUGCGCGAUGUCUUCGGCAGUUGGUGAAAAGUACGCGCUAAGGACUUGGUCCACGGAUGUCCUAGAUUUCAUCCUCACCGCCGGUCACCAACUAUACAAGAAGGCUAAAUUCAAGUUCGAGCAGUUGGCCCGAUUGGAUAUACCGAAGGUGUCUUUGGGACACACAGAUUAUGCGAUAGAGGUCGAGUACGUUUUCGACGCUCCGAUGAAGGUUUCGGUGAUGAAAUCCGCUUUAAAAAAGUUGUUGUUAAACGAAAGGGAAUGGGCGAUCAUUAUUACCGAGAUGUACGCUUGCGCUGCCUUCCAGAGGAACGGUCUGUUCUACCUCUUCGAUCCAUUCGCUUGCAACGAGUUGGGUUUGGAUGAUGGCCCGAACGGACACGCCUGUCUUGCCAGGUUCAGGAACAUGCACGAUCUUUGCAUCAGGAUUUUCUUCAACAAAAACAAGAGGGAAGUGGUUGAAAAGGUGGAGUACACUAGAUUCAUCUUGAGCAGAUGCAAGGCUUCAAGAGUGUAUCCGGAUCGGGAUAAGACUUUGGCGCGUCUUGAGCGUGAGAUUGCCGAUGAGAUGAUGGCUCAGCAGAAGGGAGAAGAUGAUAUUGAAGAGUAUAAUGGUGAGGAGGAAGGCGAGGAUGAAAUUAAAAAGGAUAAGAAACCCUCUGAUGAGGAGGAAGGCGAACCUCAAAAUAUCAUUGGGUAUACUUCGAAGGGUUACUAUCAGGUGAUCGAGGGGACUAAAUCUUUGGCGAGUCCGGGUCUUAAUCAAGUGGAACUCAUGGAGGAUCAUUUCGUCUGCAUAGCGGCUUGUCUCAUGGUCAUCAACAAACCCAUAAUCGCUUGGGACACCAAAACAGUUAAUAGAGUCUUCGAUAUUGGUAACAACGUUUACGUCCACGCCGAUAACUUGGAUGUAGCGAGGAAGAGGACCAUCCGAAAUAUACUAGUCGGAAAGCACUUCUUCGACAUCAUCAUAACCAUUAUUAAGAUUGAUGAUUACAAGAAGUCCAAGAACUUGGAAAUAUCUUUGAAUUACGUGACGAGAAAGAGGAAGUUUUGUAUAGUGCAGUUGGAGGAAGGAACUUACGUGAUAUAUUUAGAUGAGAACAACGAUGGGCCGGUGCAUCUCUUUCAAUGUUACGGUGCCAAUCUGAAAGGACCGGACGAUAAGGAGGAGGCAGUGAAGGCCGGAUGGAUUUACUUUAAGAACAUGCGGAAAAUGCGAGAAUACCUAAAGACGAAAACCGGCAUCAACAAGUACACCUUCUACACGUUCCAAGUGAUCAACGUGUCCAAAGCUCCGAGAAGUUUGAUCAUCUCGCAGCAGAUACAAGAGUACAUAAGAUUGAAGGCUGUUAAAGAGGAGAAGUUGGGAAAGCCUUUCCACGAGCGCGAGAGUUGGAUGUGCUUGCACACGAAUCCUUGGGCAAGGAUUUCCGAAGAGACAGCUAGUGGUGAGGCACGAGGCAAAGCUGAAACGAAAUGGUUCAACUGGGACGUGGAAUACGCCAACGAUUUAUAUUCUUUGACUGGAAGUUUGCAUCAAUCUGCAAGGCUAUUCAAAGUGCAAAAUCGCGGUAAACAGACUUUAGCUAAUGUCGUCACUGCUAUUGGGAUGACCGGAAUCUACGAUCUUAGAGAAUGGAACAGUUCAGUUGUGGACAACAUCUUGCGUUAUGGUGAUGCGUACUUCUCUGAAUGCAUCAAGGAUAUAGCGGAUAAGAACUACGAAUUGUCUAUGGAUGAUCUAAUAGAAGCUUGCUCCAUUUAUCCGUUCAAUUUCAAGAUCCACUAUCAACCUGUGGUGGAAGGAACGAUGUUCUUGGAUCACCCACGCAAAUUCAAUUUGUACAAAGCUUUGCGCUACUUCUUCGAGGCUUUCUAUUAUAGAGCUGGUGUGAUUUGCGCCAUUCGAAAUAAGGUGCGAAGGAUAGUUGCGUUCGCGAAGAGGAGGGAAAACGAGUACUACAUGUUCGAUUCGCAAGCUUUCGGGCCUCCCAUGUUUUGGGAACGCAAGGGCUCCGCGUACAUCCUGCGUUGCACCACCUUGGCGAGGCUCGUCCACAUUUUGGUUUUAACCCUUCGAGGAGGAGACUUCUUCAUCUACGAGGUCAUCGCGGACAACUUCAAGGCCAUCGAAGACGACGGAGAUAAGUAG